CCCUAGAUCUCCGUCUUCUUUUCAGAGAUUGACCUGACCUCACCCGGCGCAAAAGUUGAGUUGAGACAUCCAAACAGGGGAAACACAUAAACUACGCAUGCCGUCAGAUACGCAUGAAGGCCGUACGAUUUUCGUCAGAAAUCUAUCGUUUGAUGUGGACAACGACAAACUGUAUGAUUUUUUCGCCGACUUUGGGGCCCUAGAAUUCGCCAAGGUGGUAAAGGAUCCUGUUACCUCGCAUUCUCGUGGCACGGGCUUUGUCAAGUUCACUCGAGCUGUAGAUGCCGCUUGCUAUCCCAACCUGGGGGUGAGAUGGCCUAAUUGGUUAGAGCGCAAAUUCACUGACCGGAAGUCCGAGGUUCGAACUCGACCUCUGCCUCUCGACUUCCCCUGUCUAGGCUUGGGCAACCUAGCAGUAUCUCAGCCCUCGUGCUUCCUUCGCGUGGCAUGGCAGCUAGGCGCCGAAAUGAAUGCAGCUCGUUUCACUCUGGACAACCGGACAAUGCACUUGUCCAUGGCGAUAUCCAGAGAAGAGGUACAGCAACUGAAAUCUACGAAGAACACAACAGCAGAGUCUACCGACUCAAACCGACCGGCUUUGAACCAAGCCGAUCAUCUGCAUCAGACGGGACGGAAUUUACACCUGGCUCGGGUCGGAUUGAUUCGUCCUGGCACGGCAGCCGCGGAGGGACUGACUGCGCAAGAUCUCGCCAAACGAGAAGCUCUUCUUCACGAAAAGAAAGCAAAGCUAAAGAAUCCAAAUAUUUUCAUUAGCGAUUUGCGUUUAUGUCUACGCAAUCUCCCAUUGACCGUCACCGAUGAAGACCUUCGACAAAUUUGUGCCGAUAUACUAUCUGAUAAAGGGAAGAAACGUCGAAUAACAGAGUGUCGUGUGAUGCGAAACCUUCAACCUGGGAAACAGCAAUUUCGGUCUUUGGGCUAUGCCUUUGUGUCCUGUUCCACCCAUGCGGAUGCCCUCAAACUGCUCAACGCGUUGAACAACAAUCCGGCUGUGUUCAAGGGACAACGGCGUCCAAUUGUUGAAUUCUCCCUGGAGAACAUGCUAGCUUUGGAGAAGAAACGUCGACGAGCAGAACGGUGUGCGGCUAUUCAAUCAAAGCGCUUGUCCGGAAAAACGUUAGCCAACCCAGCUAACCGUCCACCACCCGCUUCUAUGCGGUCUCACAAACCGAACCCGGGGAAUCGAUCCAACAAACAAGUUUCCACACGUAUUCUUCCCAAACGAUUCGGUCCGAAGAACCGCCAUCGCAAACGUAAAGGCAACAGUAAUGCAAAGAAAUCCACUAAACCCAAAGGACGAAUUUCACGAAAACAAAAGCGUUUGAAACAGCACAUGCAAAAGUGA